AUAUGAUAUGACGUUUUAUUUAUAUUACAAUUGUCUGUCAUUUACAGUGAAAUUCAUAUACAAUUCAAUUGAAUCUACGCUUUGAAUGGCAUAUCACUGCACCGUUUGAUUGUCUCUCUGUUCACCACAAGACAUGUCAUACAACAAGACAUCCGAAGAGCGGACUCCACUGAUUGGCGGCGACUUCUAUGGCGCGUCUGAGGCCCAGUCGUCAGCUCAGGCACCGCCUCUGGCCUCGACAUCAGCGGCGACCUACUCGUCACCCAACGGACACUUCCCUAACAAUCUGAACGGCCCCUCAUAUACCGAGUCGUACGUAACGGUGCCGUCGAUAGGACCGGACGAACUGCCGCCGCCCUAUAGCGCGUCCCUCACGGGAGGCCUGCCUGUGAUGGUGGCCUGUCGUGUCUGCGGCUCUAUGAUUGACAUCACAGGCAAACGGGAACAACACGUCGUUAAGUGUGAUAACUGUAGUGAAGCGACGCCCAUAAAGAGUGCGCCGACGGGCAAGAAGUACGUGCGCUGUCCCUGCAAUUGUCUCCUCGUAUGCAAAGCCAGUGCUCAACGAAUCGCGUGUCCGCGACCCCAAUGCAAACGGAUUAUCAAUUUGUCGGUCAACCAGAUGGUGGUGAACACGAGUGCGCCUACGAUGGCACCGGUGCCGGGCAUGUGUCGUGUCAUCUGUGGCCACUGUCACGAGUCAUUCCUCUUCAAUACCCUGCAGAACAACUUAGCCCGUUGUCCGCACUGUCGAAAGCUGUCGUCUGUGGGCCGGGAGUUCGCGCGCACCCGCGGAAUGGUGUUCCUGAUGCUGGCGCUCGUGUUUCUCUUGGUGGCGUUUGGGGUCAUAUUUGGCACUCUAUCGCAGGUGAGGAAUGGAUCUCGAGGUCUGAUCGCAUUACACGUCAUAUUCUCGUUGAUCUGUUUUCUGCUGUUCGUGCGAUCCAUUCAUUACUUAUCGAUGAAAACCAGUCUUAUUGACAGUCACUCUAAUUAACGUCAAUUGCAUUCAUUAUUCAAUUACUAUACAUUUCAAUAUUAUUAUCAAAUUUUAUUUUCCUUUUUUACAUGUAAUUAAUAUUAUAUACAUUUAGUUAUUAAUAUAGAAAACGCU